CGGUCGCUCAGUUCCGUGUGGACAAGCGUGCCGAUAAGACAACCCGACACAGAAGACACCGCUCACUACCAAGUAUAAGAGAUAAUCUUCCUUCGGUAAGAGUAUCGGUCCUGCCUAUAUCGGGUUGCUUCUUAUCAGUUCAAUUACGUUUAUCAAUUUAUUGGUGCGCAGACUUCGGUGGUACCGCGCGGAACCAAUCUACCUACACGUCAUUGUAUCACAACUACGUGAGAUAUUAAAUCGGAGAUUUCCGACCAUAGGACGCACAAGUGCACUGCGAACGUCCGAAGCGACAACAACACGUCACAUAGCCGGUGCUAAUUUGAUUAAUUUUUGUGCUGCUUCUCCGAAGAGGUUUCAAACAACAAGAGCGUCGAAUUUCGCAGAUCUUGCGAAGAAGCGGAUACGCGGUUUCCAGUUCCUCAGUGAGCGGUGAUUAAUUUUGCGUCACAUUGCCUCAGAAGUAGGCUAUACUGCGCAGCUUAGCUCACUUGGAUGGUAUUUAUUGAUUGGAUGUGAAGGAAUGUAGUUUAUUCGGGGUAUUCCAAGUAACCAGUCCGCAAGAAAAUUCAAGUGUCGCGAAGGUGAUGUGUAUUGUGCUCUAUGAGUAAUAUCUAGUGAAUAACCAACGGAUCAAUACAGUCUGUACCAAAUAGAACCGGUAUUGUCCGUCGGCAAAAUAGCUACGAAGAAUUGUGUGUGUGCGUAGACGGAUUAACCUAUCGAAAGUGUGACCGAUAGAGCGUAAGAUAUGCUAAGUGUUUUGAUCAAUUGUUGUGAUCGGUAAACGUGUGCGAAAAAAAAGGUUCAAGGUGCUAAUAUUUAAAACGCAUCAAAUUUGUUUCAUCAGCUCAACUCACGGUAGUUCUACGAACCAAUUCCGUGAGAUCUGAAGUCAUCUUCUGGAUAAAAGAGUUGCAUCAAAAUAAGAAUUGCUAUCAGUGCUUCCUUCGAACCGUGUGUAAAACGAAGAUGAAGGUCAACUUGCGAGUGCUGCUGUCGUUUCUAGUCUUUGUAGCUGCAAAAUCCGAGUUUGCCAAUGGUACCCCGAUCGGUCUUGCCGAUAAGCCAAACAAUGGAUCUUCCACCGAGUUGACAACAGGCGAAACGGCUUCGAACCCUAAAGAGCCACCGUUGAUCUUCCCCAAGGAUAGCAGCGUGUACAAGAUUGUGGAAAAUGAUACAGCUCUAAAAAUCCUGCAGGCCCGAGCUGCAGUCGAGAAACCGAAGGACGGGAAGAGCAGUGCAACGGAUGAGGGUCAAAACGUGCAACGGCAACCGCUUGCAUCGGUAGGAGGCACGGUCAGCAAUGAUGAGUCAAUUAAGGCGACUGGCAGCAGUAGCAAUAAUAAGAAUAACGGUAACAACGCCACCCUGUCGUCAUCGAACAGCAAUGAUGGCGAGAAGAAAGACACGGAUGACGACUAUAAUAGCAGUGAGGAGGACGAAGAUAAACCCGAUAGUCAGGAGGACGACACUGAUUAUGAUGCCGAAGAACUUCAACCGGAAGAUCCGGUUCUAGAAGAUGGACUGGAAGAACAGUUUGGAAACAAGCAAAUUCAUUACCCCUUAAUAAUUGACAAUGCAACCAUCGAGGUGUCGGCCAUGCGGCAGGAGCACAUAUGGAUCAUCAUGGUAGGCGCAAUCAUUGUGUUAGCACUUGCAGCCUACAUUGCAAUGGUGCUCUAUCGGAACCGAUUAGAACAACGAUACGGAAUGCGACAGCGUCUGGUUACGGAAGAUGAUUACUAUUCGAAUAAUGAAAUUUAAUACUCUUUGAAUGCUGCUUCUCAGGUCUACCAAUGAAAGAAACAAAGCACACAAAAUAGCAAGCAAUCCGCCAAGAUGUGAUCAACAAUGGAGAUAUCAAACUACAACAAUAACAACAACAACCAACAAAUCGUAGCUCAUUAGAAAUAUAUGAACCAGAAUAGCAUUAUCAAGUAGUGAAACUUACGAACAAUAUUGAUAUAGGGGAAAUGGCUCUAAUGUUGGCCUAUGGAUCAUUUUUUUUUUUCGUAGAGCAAUGCGUCAUCUGGACAAUCCAAAUGGAUAUUUUUGGUCACUAGUGAAACAUUUUGAAACAA